AUCUCUGGGAAGCUCCAAUCACGUGAUUGACAAGUCCAUGCAAUUGGACAGGGGUUCACAGGCUCUCUAGUUUGAACCUUCGCAAUGCAGAAAGCCACUUAUUAUGACAAUGCUGGACUUUUCGGAGGAUAUUCAUACACUAAAUCUGACUCCUAUACAUACGGUCCUACACAUCAGGGCUUCUCAUCCUCCAGCAUAGAGAAUGACUAUCAAAAUCCAAUCUGUCCCAUUCAAACUACAUCAGUCCAGCCACCAGCACAUAAAAAUGGAGACAUCAAUGGCAGUUGUAUGCGACCAAGUGCCAGCCAGGGCAACAGCCAACCAGAGAGUAUCAGUGAGCAGCAGCAGGCUGCUCCUUUAGCGGCCAGCUCACCCAGCCCUAACAGCAACUCCACACACAAAAACAAAUCUCCCAGCACCACUGGCUCCAGUACUGCCACCCCAGUCAUAACCAAGCAAAUUUUCCCAUGGAUGAAAGAGACCCGCCACAACGCAAAGCAGAAAAGCGCCAACUGCCCAGCUGCAGGAGAAACCUGCGAUGACAAGAGUCCACCUGGCCCUGCCUCGAAACGAGUGCGCACUGCCUACACCAGCGCCCAGCUAGUUGAACUGGAGAAGGAGUUUCAUUUUAAUCGCUACCUGUGUCGCCCCAGAAGAGUGGAAAUGGCUAAUCUGCUCAACCUCACCGAGCGCCAAAUAAAGAUCUGGUUUCAAAACAGGAGGAUGAAGUACAAAAAAGAUCAGAAAUCUAAAGGCAUAAUGCACUCUCCCUUAGGACACUCUCCGGACAGAAGCCCGCCGUUAAGUGGCUCGAAUCACAUUGGAUAUUCUGGUCAGCUUCCAAACGUAAACAGCCUAAACUAUGAUGCGCCAUCUCCUCCGUCAUUCGCCAAACCGCAACAGAACAUGUACGGCUUGGCAGCCUAUACGGCGCCACUGGGCGGCUGCAUACCGCAACAGAAAAGAUACCCGGGAACAGAGUACGACCACCACAGCAUGCAGGGGAAUGGUAGCUUUGCUAAUGCUAAUUUACAAAGUAGCCCUGUUUACGUCGGGGGAAACUUCGUUGAUUCAAUGCCAGCUUCGGGCCCUAUGUUCAACCUCGGUCAUCUUCCCCAUCCCUCAUCCGCUAGUGUGGACUACAGCUGUGCCGCUCAGAUUCCGGGUAACCACCACCACGGACCGUGUGACCCCCACCCCACAUACACAGACCUCAGCUCUCACCACGCGUCUCAGGGAAGGCUGCAGAAUGCACCCAAACUCACGCAUCUGUAAGGAACCCAUCAGUGUGCUUAAGCGAAACGUCGCUUUUUUAUUACCUCACUAGUUAAACUAAUUUAUAAAACUACACUCCGAGAGAAACAUAACGUAUUAUCCUGUAUUAUUAUGAUUGAUAUUACUAUUACUGCUAUGAUUGUAAUUAUUUUUAAUAAUAGCUGUGGUCCAUUUCUCUUGACUGUUGAAGAUACACACGAUUGUUUGUUGUCAGUUGUUUGGUUCUCGGAAGGACUGUAUUGGCAAAAUGAAGGCAAUUUCCAUAACGUAUUACUUGAAGGUAAGUUCUGUAGAUUUGACAGUAUAUGCAUCCGUCUUUAUGGAGAUGGGAUUUGUAGAAAAAAAAAAACAUUGCGUCUUUGUUAAGUCGUCUGUUCCUCAUGGGUUCUUCAUAUUUUAUCCGUUAUACAAUUAUUUAUUAUUUUCCUCCAAGACUGUACGACAAACAUUUAUCUUGACUGAGUAUUAUAU